CCACCAUUACCAUGAAGCUCGCUGGUGCUCUGGUGCUCCUCUGGGCUGCCCUGCUCCUGACUUCAGGGGGAGAUUGUGGCAUUUGCCCAGUUAUAAAAGAGGAUAUUCGUCUAUUUCUUUAUGGGACCCCAGAAGAGUAUGUUGAGUAUGUGAAAAAAUACAAAGAUGACCCUGCCAUAGUGGAAAAUGCUGAAAAACUCAAGCAAUGUGUCGAUAGCACAUUGACAGAGGAAGACAAGGCACACGCAUCCACUUUCAUCGAAAAAAUAGAAGCCAACCCCCUUUGUUGAUGGUUACAUCAUUGCUCCCAAGGAGGCCACUUGCCUGCUCACCUGCAUAGAUGCAGCAAACACUCCCCCUUCUCCUCAGGUGUCUAAGUACAGGAAUCCAACAAUAAAAGCCUUGCAAUUCA